GGAAGUGACGGCCCACCGACGGUUUGUGAAGCAUAUUUUGGAUUGUCAGUUGCCAGUUACUUCACGAUAUUUCCUUUAAAUCUCAACUUUCAUCAUGUCUUCGGAUUUUGAAGCAUACGAACAGGAUUUUGGCACUCUAACAGCCGAGGUAACCAACAAAAUUGGAAGAAUUCCCAAACUCGGUGGAGAGGAGAAGACGCAGCUGGUUCUAAAUGUUGACAAACAGCUUGAAGAAGUCAGAGAGCUGCUGGAGCAGAUGGACCUGGAGGUGCGGGAGAUUCCCAUUCAGAGCAGAGGCAUGUACAACAACAGGCUGAAGAGCUACCGGCAGGAGGUGGAAAAGCUGGAGAAAGACUUUAAAAGGUCACGUAUCGCCUACAGUGACGAGGUGCGGAACGAACUCCUGGGGGAUGAUGGGAGCUCCUCGGAGAGCCAGUUGAUAAAGUUACGUGAAGAGAGAGCGCAUCUGUUGGACAACACAGAGAAGCUGGAAAGGUCAUCCCGGAGACUGGAAGCCGGGUACCAGAUCGCCGUAGAAACAGAGCAAGUCGGGCAGGAAAUCCUCAGCAACCUGCACAGUGACCGGGAGAAGAUCCAGAGGGCCAGAGAGCGGCUGAGAGAGACUGACGCCAACUUGGGGAAGAGUUCCAGGAUUCUGACAGGAAUGCUGAGAAGGAUCAUCCAGAACCGCAUCCUCCUCUUCGCCCUGGGAGCCUUCAUCCUCCUCACCAUCGUUCUGGCCUUGUACUUCAACCUCCGCGGCCACUGAGCCCCUGCCUCGCCACACCCGGAUCCAUAGCGACAGAAAGCGUUUCGUCAGGAGUAAUUAGGACAAAUCGGACACAUGAAUCAUCUCUCAGGCCCUGACAGGCGAGGUCCUCGGCCGCCGAGCCUCCCCCUGACUCAGGUGCAAACCAAGCAGGAUCUCUGCCGGCCCUCUUUGUCCCUGAUCCGCUCACUGUCACUCAUGUCUCUUUGCAUGGAAGCUCCAUUUCCCUCGGAACAGAACCAAUCACUGUGGCUCUCUCAAGGCAGGGGGCGG